GCGUUGGUCACUUGUGUAUUUUAGUCUCUCUCAGCCUUUUAGUAUUUAGAGGGAGAGGGAGUGAGCUAAAAAAGAAGAGAAAGAGGGUCGUAGAAUUUUGCUGUCUCUUUGAGUUCCUUAGGGUUUCUUGUUUCAAUUUUUUUUUGUUUUUUCUCUCCGGAUUUCAGGGUAUGGAUUCGUUUGAGCAAGAGGGAAAUGGGGCAGCGCUGGAAUCCCUGCCUCCUCCGCCACCUGUGCCUCCUGAUGUUGUUCCGAUCAAAGCAGAAUCGGAUGCGAAGAAGAUUGUACGACACCCUAUGGCAAGGCGUGGUGUUGGAACUAAAGGGCAGAAGGUAACUAUACUCACCAAUCACUUCAAAGUGAGCGUGGGGAGUACUGAUGGACACUUCUACCAUUACAGCGUUUCUCUUUCAUAUGAAGAUGGUCGCCCUGUGGAUGGUAAGGGUGUUGGAAGGAAAGUGAUUGACAGAGUGCAUGAGACCUACAAAAAUGAUUUGGAUGGAAAGAAUUUUGCCUAUGAUGGUGAAAAAAGUUUAUUUACUAUAGGUCCGCUACCAAACAACAAGCUUGAGUUUACUGUUGUACUUGAGGAUGUUGCACCUACCAGAAACAAUGGAAAUGCAAGCCCUGAUGGCCAGGACAGCCCAAAUGGGCGUGAAAGAAAGAGAUUAAGAAGACCGUAUCAUUCAAAGACCUUUAAAGUGGAGAUUAGCUAUGCUGCGAAGAUACCCAUGCAAGCAAUUCAAAAUGCUCUGCGUGGGCAGGAAUCUGAAAACUCUCAAGAAGCACUGAGGGUGCUGGAUAUCAUUUUAAGGCAGCAUGCUGCGAAACAGGGAUGCCUACUUGUUCGCCAAUCUUUCUUUCAAGAUAAUCAGAACAACUUCACAGACAUUGGAGGAGGUGUCCUUGGCUGUAGAGGUUUCCAUUCAAGUUUCAGAGCCACUCAAGGAGGCCUUUCACUAAAUAUCGAUGUAUCAACUACCAUGAUAAUUCAACCUGGUCCGGUAGUUGAUUUUUUACUUGCAAAUCAGAAUGCUAGAGAUCCUUACUCUCUUGACUGGAACAAGGCAAAACGGGUGCUGAAGAAUCUGAGGAUUAAAGUUAGUCCGUCUAAUCAAGAGUACAAGAUUACUGGCUUGAGUGAACAACUGUGCAAGGAUCAGUUGUUCUCAAUGAAGCAGAAAAAUACCAAAAAUGAAAAUGGUGAAGCUGAGACACUGGAGAUUACUAUUUAUGAUUAUUUUGUUAACCAUCGCAACAUACAGUUGCGUUAUUCUGCUGAUUUGCCAUGUAUUAAUGUUGGGAAGCCUAAGAGGCCAACAUAUAUUCCUAUUGAGCUUUGCUCUUUGGUGUCUUUGCAACGCUACACUAAGGCACUAUCCACUUUCCAAAGAGCUUCCCUGGUUGAAAAAUCGAGGCAGAAGCCUCAAGAAAGGAUGAAUGUUUUGUCUAAUGUUUUACGUACCAGUAAUUAUGGUGCUGAACCAAUGCUGAAAUCUUGUGGUGUUAAUAUAAACUCUAAUUUCACCCAAGUGGAUGGACGUAUUCUGCCAGCACCAAGGUUAAGAGUCGGCAACGGUGAAGAUUUCUUUCCAAGGAAUGGGCGUUGGAAUUUUAACAACAAGAAAUUGGUGGAGCCAUCUAGGAUUGAAAGAUGGGCUGUUGUGAACUUCUCGGCUCCUCGUUGUGAUCCAAACAACAUUGCAAGGGAUUUGAUUCGUUGUGGAGAAAUGAAAGGAAUUCGUAUUGAUCCCCCAUUUGAUAUAUUCAAUGAGAUGAACCAGAAUAGACGCCUUUCACCCGUGGUUAGAGUUGAAAAAAUGUUUGAACAGAUACAAUCUAAACUUCCUGGAGCUCCGCAGUUCCUUCUUUGUCUGCUUCCUGAUAGGAAAAACUCUGAUCUUUAUGGGCCAUGGAAGCGGAAGAAUCUUUCUGAGUAUGGCAUCGUGACUCAGUGUAUGGCACCAGCUAGGGUGAAUGAUCAAUACCUUACAAAUCUUCUUCUGAAGAUCAAUGCUAAGCUUGGAGGUCUUAAUUCAAUGCUAACUAUUGAGCAAACACCUUCAAUCCCUAUGAUUUCAAAGGUUCCAACUAUCAUCCUUGGAAUGGAUGUAUCUCAUGGCUCUCCUGGGCAGUCUGAUGUGCCGUCAAUAGCUGCGGUGGUUAGCUCCAGGCAAUGGCCAUUGAUUUCCCGCUAUAGGGCAUCAGUCCGUACACAGUCUCCGAAGCUUGAAAUGGUAGAUUCUCUUUUCAAACCAGUUUCUGACAAAGUGGAUGAGGGUAUCAUGAGGGAAGCUCUCUUAGACUUCUAUACAAGUUCAGGGAAGAGGAAGCCUGAUCAGAUCAUUAUUUUCAGGGAUGGGGUUAGCGAGUCUCAGUUCAAUCAAGUUUUGAACAAAGAACUUGAUCAAGUUAUUGAGGCUUGCAAGUUCCUUGACGAGAAUUGGAACCCUAAGUUUGUGGUUAUUGUUGCACAAAAAAACCAUCAUACCAAGUUUUUCCAGCAGGGAUCUCCUGACAAUGUGCUACCUGGUACUGUCAUUGACAACAAAGUAUGCCAUCCGAAGAACAAUGAUUUUUACCUUUGUGCUCAUGCUGGAAUGAUAGGGACCACAAGGCCGACCCACUAUCAUGUUCUCUUAGACCAGGUUGGGUUUUCAGCUGAUGAUCUGCAGGAGCUUGUUCAUUCUCUAUCCUACGUGUAUCAAAGGAGCACCACAGCCAUAUCUGUUGUGGCCCCUAUUUGCUACGCUCAUUUGGCAGCUUCACAGUUGGGGCAAUUUAUGAAGUUUGAGGAUGCUUCAGAGACAUCAUCGAGCCAUGGUGGGGUGACUGCUCCGGGAGCAAUUUCUGUUCCUCAGCUUCCCAGGUUGAAGGAUAAUGUCAGCAGCUCCAUGUUCUUCUGCUGAAAACCGUUGAACCAUCUUUUUGUAUAGGGCUUUUGGAUUUUGGCUACCAAAAACUAUUUAUGCUGCUUUUUCAAAGUAGUCUCAGACUUUUGGGUUGCAACACUCUUAGGUGUUUCGUAUGUUAUCUGAACUUAUGAACGGUUGUCUAGCUAAAGCUCACUUCUGCAGUGGCUUUUGUGGCUUUUACCUGUUUGGUUUUAUACUUUGAUAAAUAUGGUUAUGGUUUGCUCUUUUGAUUAUAA